AUGUACAAAUAUUUAGAAGAACUCUGUGAAGACAAUAACAAAGACCCAGCUCUUAAACCACUGGAUACAGUUGAUGAUUGGGCGGUUGGAGAAGAAACCUUGAAGAUCGUUUUUCCACUUGUGCUACUGGCAGUGAUGUCCGGUGACGAAGAAGUAAUCUUUUUUAAAGAAGAAGAGGCUGAUAAUGCCGGCUUUACCGAAGGAGUUGAAGAAGAUGAGCGGAGAGAAACAGAAAAUACAGAGAGCUGUGUUUGGGAUCGUGAUCUCACUCAGAUUGGUGAAAGAGGGGUGAAUAUAAGUGGCGGGCAGAAGCAGAGAGUUUCCAUGGCUAGAGCUGUCUACUCCUAUUCGGAUGUGUACAUAUUUGAUGACCCUUUAAGUGCUCUUGAUGAUCACGUUGCACAACAGGUUAUACCGUAUAGGUCUAAUCUGAAGUCAUUUGCAGUUUGUUUUCUCAAAAACAAUCUCUUAUCAACAUUGGAAAGAGUUGAGAUAUUGACACGAGUGAAGGUUACUGAUUUGAGCUUCAAUGGUUUUAAAGGGGUUGGUUUUGAACCACUUGAGAAUUUCAAAGCCCAACAGGUGUGCUUCUCUUGCAUACUUCUUUCUUGGAUGCGAAGAGCAAAAGUUGGUGUGGUCCAUGCAUCAAGGUUCUGA